UUAUUUCCUUUUAAAAAUACGGCAAAUAUGGCAAUAUCAUAUCGUAAGUCUACCUAAGAUAUAGUUUUUGCGAAAGCAUUUGUGGAAGAAAGAGAUGUCAGCCGGCGCUCCUAGCAAUAAUGUUACUGCAUCUUCCAAUAAUAGUGGAAGCAAAAACUCGACGACAACUCUUUCAACGUCUACUACCAAAGUUCCUGUUAACGACAAGACUAAUAAUAACAAUGCCAAUACCACUACCGCUGCCGGCAAUACGAAUAACAACACCACCACGGCAGCUGUACUCAAGUCAUAUCACGAAAUUAUUAAAGAUCCAAAGUCCUUAGAUGAGGCUGCCAAUUACAUGUACCAGUCUAUACUAGAUGAUGCUAUUAUCGGCGUGUUCUUGGAGAUACAUCAUUUGCGUAAGACUGGCAAUUUAGCUGCGCUGGAUGGCGUGGCUACCGAGGAUGAAGCUGAUUCAUCGUCGUUACGCAUUGUUGAUAUGCCCAAUUAUGAUAUAUUUGGUAUUUCCACUGCUAAGAAGCCUAUGGACUGCGCCUGCCCCAACUGUGAUAGGCCCGUGUCGGCAGCACGGUUCGCUCCACAUUUAGAGAAGUGCAUGGGCAUGGGACGAAUAUCGUCGCGUAUAGCCAGUCGGCGUUUAGCUACAAAGGAGAGUAAUAGCGCCAGUUCCUCAUCUUCUUCAUCGUAUCUGCAAACUAAUGCCGGAACAGACGAUGAAGACGACGUCGAUUGGUCAUCAGAAAAACGUCGUAAAAAGACUGGUCAGACAUCACGUAACAACGGUUCCAAAAAAAACAAUGGCAAAUCAUUUUAAAGUAUGGGCUGGUUUUGUCUCUGGCUUUCCAUCUUACUGAUUAGUUUUAGAAUUAAAUUUUUUCUCUUAUUUAGGCUUUUAAUGGGCUUUUUUUUAAAAUUACAA